CGACAACGCAUUCCAAGCGUGGUUCCCUCACGGCUGUCAUGCGCCGCAGCAAGGACAACUGCCACGUGCGGUUCGCUCAACAACAGUAUUCUGCAUUUCGCCCAACGCAGCUCGACAACAAAGCUGCCCCUGACUCGUUUGAGAUCGGCCGCGGCCCUGGCUACAUCAACCCGCACGUGCCGUCGUCGAACCGAUCGAUCUCGCUGUACAAGUACGAGGUCGUUGUGUCUAUGCAGGCAUUUCCAACCACGCCGGUUGUAGAGUCGACCGAUGCACAAGCUUGACCCUUGUCGUGCCGAUUCCGACCGACGCCAUGUACGACAUUGACCAUGGGCUCACGUACGACUCGAAACACAAAGGAAACGCCGUGCCCCUCAAGUCAGCCACUCCUCGCUUUCCAGAGACUACGCAAAGCACCCCCGGCCCGGGAGCAUAUCGCACCGAACAGUUUCACGGGGCGUUUCCGACGCUACACAAGUCGGUCACGCCGCGAGAUGUGCGACAAGAGCACGUUGCCAAACACUUGGAGCUCAAAACCCUCAUGGGCAUUGCCCCGCCGCCGCCCCAGCAGCCCAACGCCACCCCCGCCACUGAUUGCGCGAUGCCCAUGCGGCCGGUCAAAAAGCCCCUGCACAAAUCCACAGGCCGACGAAUAGAAGGCAAGCCAGCUCUGGAGCUGGAAGAUGCCGCAGUUUCGUCGUCGCCAUCGUCGACAAUUUGCUGCUCGUCGCCCUUGAUUGCCCGCCUGACGCCCAAAAAUGCGUACAACGGGAGCUUUGUCCGGUCGAUGGUUGCCACGCCUCGCUAUCGUCAAGCUUUGGCAGUCGGCAAACGCACGAAUGCCUAUGUCACCGACGCGCCCCUGGACACAUCCACCUCGAACGCUGCAGUGGUCGCACCACCAUCAGCUGUACCUACGUCAACCGAAUCGAGUCGUUCUGCCACUGCAGCUAGUGAUGCGGUCGACAACUCACAAGUAGCUCCAUUGCCCGUGCUUUCGUUAACAAGCGAAGUCGUCCAGCAGGACAUUGCGUUGUCGGACCACGUGGUCAGUACCAGCUAACACUUUCUUGGGUAAAGACAUCGUUUUGCUCCAAAGUGCCAAGCCUCCGUUAUCUUGCGACGUUCGCACUCGACAGCGAUGCCAAACUAUCUCAAACAAGGCAGCACUGCAGUCUCGGUUAGAUGUGGACACACCCACGGCGUUCCCUGCAUGGCCCUGCAGCUUUGCCAUGACACAGGUCGCUCCUCGGUCAGCUCGUUCGAGUGAACGUAAAGUCCUCCUGCAACACGUCGUCGGCGCCACCACUCGAGUUGAAGCAGACGCGACACACUCGCACCAAUUCAAAGUACCCAAACUCGGGCAAGGACAUGCGAUGGCUCGUACACCUGGAGCACACGGCGUGGGUCAGAUGAGCCUGAGUCAUGGAGUGUACGCACUUGCCACAAAAGACGUAGCCGCAGCACCUGCAGUGGUGGCGAUUGCGCACGACGGCAAUAAACUUUUUCUUGCACUGUUUGCAGCACGCAGCGUCUUUGUCCAGCUCCCACACGGGCUGGACGUUCGAGUUGCCCGCGCGGGAGGUGGACAUCGAGUGAGGCCGCGGCCCUUUUGCCGACUGCGGAGGCGCGUUGAAGUCGGUCAUGGCCAAGAGGCUGACGUGGGGGCGGGUGGCCGUCGUGAAUGACGUGGAGAGCGCCGCCGUCACGACAGGGUUCAUGUGCGGUGGCGCAGUGCUUGCGUUAAAGUACGACGGCGACAACAUGAACGACGUGCUUGUCUGCGUGUCUUCAGCUUGUUUGAUAGGUUCCGAGGCGA